UGAUGGGAAGAAGUAGAGACUAUAUAAACUGCCAGCCUACGGAUGUGAUGCUGGAAAAGCUUUUGCUACUUGGGCUUUCCAAGUUCUGGCGCCGGAUUUAAAAUUAAAACCAACUGUAGCUUUAUGGUGGAAGAAUGCUUGAAGCCUUUGGUCAUGUUACUGAACUCAGGAUAUCGGAAACUGUGGCUCGAUAUUUGCCACAAUGCAUUGGGACUCGACAGAUGCAGGUGUGACAGGAGGACAGAAGGCAGGACAGAAGACGACAAUUCUCAUUGGACUAGCUGUACUAGAGAAACACUUGUUUUCCCCCAGUUGCAGGCAUUGGUGGCAGUCUUUACCAGCAAGACUAGACAAGUUUCUUUUAAAGGUUUGCCUGAUUUUCAUUUUAAUAACAAGCUGGCUGCCAGUGCUGAAGACCCUCACUCCAAGGAACAGCAAUGUGGAAGAAACAUGUCUUCCAAGCGUAAGAGUGCUCCGCAGAAAGUUUCCAAAGACGAGGUGCUCCUUGAACACCAAAUUACCAACUCACAUUCAGACAAAGGGGACAUAAUGAUGAAUGGUCAAGAAAGUGACUUGGACUCUGAUAAUGACAUGGCUCUUCAAAUUGUGACAAAACCAGAAGAACUCUGUGAUCUCCCAGACUCUGCUGAUAGCCCAAAUGGACUUGACAAGCCUCAGAGCAAGAAGCAGCGCAUUUUGCAAAGUGUCAAGCAGCAAGACAAUGAGACCUCUGAUACUGAGGCAGUGGAGUCUCAUCAGAAAGUAAGCAACAACUACAGCCAAACCAAGCCCUCUCAUGGGCAGCACAGGAAAUCUAUGGACUUCAUCUUGCAGAAAUUAGGUGCAAAGUCUGACACUGACUCUGGAAUCAAUGGCGAUUUUCCUGACAUUUCUCCCAGAGACAUAAUCAUGACUGUGAAGGCAGUGGUAUUGGGUGAGAGAUCGUCACUGCUAGACAAGGAGCAAUGGCUAAAUGAGUUGAUUAGACAGCUGCAGAGUUUGAAAGACAAUUUAGGCAAGCAGAGGGAAAUGCAGGGCGGACAUGAAGACCGAAAUCAUGACAAUGCCAACAAAUUUGCUAAUAGGUCAUACAGGAAGUGGUUGUUAAGAGAAAAAUGUGGUAUGUUUGUGAUUGUGCAGCACCACCGACAGUGUGACAGGGGUCUGCAAACAAUGCAGGAGAGGGGACAGCAUGCUGGGAUGGAUAUUUAUUGUGUUGGAGUGAACCAUUCACAGGCAUCAUCCUUGGCUUCCAUGCCCCUCACAGUGGACACUGGCCGCUCUCCCCCAGCAGCUACCUCACCUUACAACCCCUCCCCACAGACAUCACCACUAAUGGCAAGAUCUCCAUCAGUUGGUGUACACCAGGCUCCAAAGAGCAUCUCAGGAAGUGUCAAUAGCUGUGAUGGUCCUCUCAACCUCACCAAACCUAAGAUGGAUUUCUCUGUGAAGAAAGAUGUCAACCACAAUGAUACACAGAAUCACCAUUCUGGGGCAGCAAGGUCUGAGCUUCAGAAUUUUGUGCAGCCUCCUCCAGCACACAGUAACCAUGCACGCAGCAGCCUGUCUUCACUGCCUCCACCACCAGAUCACUUAGGAAUGAAGCAUCGUGCUUUUGCAGCAGCCACGCCUCACUAUGUGAGUAAUCCAUAUGUGGGUAUUCCUGCACACUCAGCAGCCCGCCCCGUCCCCACCAGCUUACCCAUGGCCAGCUUACUGCCCACAAGUCUUCCUGCCACAACAGUCUCUGCUACCACACCAACAACCUCAGACUCUUUAAAGGAGAGUGUAAUUAAGUCCCCACUACUUAGCCUGCCGCAAACUCUAAGUGCUCUCUACUCUGGUAUGCCUCCUAUGCCAGUUUAUGCCAUGCCAAAUUCAGCCAUGCCACAGAUGUCACUGAUGAAACCAAUGAAAGAUACAGUGGACUUGACUAGUGAAGAGUUGCCUCAGAGUAGUUAUGUUCAACAACUGCAGAGUCGUAUGUUUGGUGCUAAAAUAAUUCGUUCCAACAAAGAGAAAGAGGAUGCGAAGAAGCCCCAUGUAAAGAGACCUAUGAAUGCAUUUAUGGUUUGGGCAAGGGAGGAGAGAAGGAAAAUUCUAAAGGCAUGCCCAGAUAUGCACAACUCUAACAUCAGCAAAAUUUUAGGUGCCAAGUGGAAGGCCAUGUCUAAUGCUGAGAAACAACCAUUUUAUGAAGAGCAGUCUCGUCUCAGUAAAAUACACAUGGAAAAGCACCCAGAUUAUCGUUACAGGCCUAGACCCAAAAGAACUUGCAUUGUUGAUGGCAAAAAGCUACGGAUCUCUGAAUAUAAAGCUUUAAUGAAGAACAGAAAGCAUGAUGCCAGGAGGAUGUGGUACUCUGCAGAGCAACCAUCACCACAGUAUCUGGAGCAGUUAUAUAGUAACUCUCUCCUUGCCAGUCCCAGCAGCUCUACAGCCUCUGUUGAUCAGCCCAUGUUUCCAGGCAGCCAGGAGCACACUGACAAUGAUAGCUCCCCACAACAUGAUGCUUACAAUGGCAAUGUCAGUGACAGUAGCAUGGAUGCCAGCAAUGACAUCUCCAUGGAGAUGGAAGAACAUUCUCAGGAAGAUGAUUUGUCUGACUCAGAAGUUAUCCAAACAGAACAGGCGUUGCAUGCUGUUUGAUCAUAUGCUUGACUUGGUAGCUGACUUGAUUAGGCCUUAUGGCAAAUAAUGUAUAUGUAGACCCGGAGAUUAAGUCUUAUACAUAAUAGAUAGAUUCAGGUUCCAGCACCACUUCUCCAUGAGUUUGCAGUUAAAGCAGCAUAAUAUACAAAGUCAUUCACAGGACUGUAAGAAAUAAUAACUACAUAGGGUUUCCCUCAAGUUAUUCCAAGUCAAAAUGUGAAUAGAGCAAAUGCUGCAUGGUAAUGGGUCCCACAAAUUUAUCUGUGUCCACUAUUGGUACAGUAAAACACACGAGUUUUACUGCUUCUUACAAUUGUUAAAAUGGUGACAUUACAUUUUAGUUUGUUCUUUUUUAUUUAUUUUUCUCCAUUUGGUUGAUCUUUAUAACUGCUGAUGCCUAGUGUUAUUUUUUGAUACAUUUUAAGCUGGAGUAGGGUUGGGAGAAAACCAAAAUAAACUUGCCAAAGAUUUAAGGUCUUCCAACUUUGUUUCUGCAUUUAUGGAGUGUGGCAUUUAUCAUUUAUUCAUUCAGUGUGGAAUUGCUAUCCAUAAUUACAGAAUUUUCAUAUUUUAUCAUAGCAAAGGCAAAAAAAUACCUGCUGGAUAUGAUGUAUGUAGUGGGAUUGGUUAUAUAUCAAUUGGUUGGAAGUUUUAAGUAGUAGUUUAAUAUAAAGGGAACACACAAAAAGUUUUCUUUAUUUGAUUCAGCUUGCAUUUAUUUAUUUUCAUAUUAAAGAAUUUGCAUUUAGUACAUUUAAAUUUCCUACUUUUUUCUUCCCAUCAGGGCUUUAUUUCUUAACUCAUCCCUUAUUUUUAUUAUUACAGCUAUUAUUGCUAUUAUUAUUUUGGCAGACAUUGAACAGCACAUGACUUGAAUAUCUCUCAUAAAUGUUCGUUUAAAAAAUAUUUUGAUGCUCAUUGAUGGUUAAUGUUAGUUUUCAGUCUGAUAGGCCCCAUUCACCAAGUAACACUUUAGGUAAAACAUUCUAAUCACAGCUCAAAAUAAUGAAAAGAAAGGUUGUAGCAUUUCAAGUUGAAUUUUAAAGGAAAAAUUGAAAAACACAUAUAAACAAUGAUGAGUAAAACUUAUAUCACUAGAAAAGAUCAACAACCUAUUUAAGUAUGUGGUAUAUGAGUUGAAUGUCUCUGGCAGUUGUACAGGGAACACAGCAUUGAUGGCCUGCGAAAAAUAGUGUUUUGUUUGGUCUUCAUCAAGGGCUGAGCUUUCUGGAAACCAUUAUAAAAUUCAGAAAACCCAAUUACUACAAAGAGACCCAGUUUUUCUUGACAUUGAACUCAUUUAAUUUUGUAUGUACUUGUGAAAAUGCUGACAAAAAUUAACUUUUUAAUUUUUGUUUUGCCAGACUAGUCAGCACAUAGCUACACUGCUGUCACUUGUUCACUGAGAGUCAGUAAUAAGUGAUUUUCAUAACAAUUCCCAGUCCACAAUUUGAAUUUGACUAUAUUUUAAGUUGGCUAAAUUAUUUGUUAAAUAAGAUGAAGUCAUACUGGUGAGCUUAUGGAGGUGAAGAUAUCACUGUUCAGGGAGUUAGAUAUUUAUAUAUAAUUGAAAUUACAUAGAUUUGUUUUCCCUUUCUUUUGCAAGUGAAAUAGUUGUACAUGUUCUUUAGAUAUUUGAAGAUAAGGUUCUGACUCUUUGCAGUUCUGCAACAGCAAAGUAUUCAUAUUAAUGUAAGGCCCUGUAUCUUGAAUGCUUAUUUAGUACUCUUGCAUUCUUGCAGUAAAAUUUCUUAUAAAAUGAGAACGUUAUAAGAUGCAGUUGUGAGCAUUCAACAAGCAAAGAACCUAAAUGUGUUCUAGUAACAGAUUGUUUAGUUGCCUGACUGACAAAACUCAUUGUUUAUGGGUGCACGCAAUAUGGUUCAGGUGCUGUAAAUAAGAGCUACAUAUUAAAGAGAAAGUAUAUAUACAAUAUAUUAAAAUGUUUUAGAUAUGCAUAAUUUGUUAAAUGAUAUAGAUGUUAUGAAAUAUAUAAACAUACAAGUAGUCUUGUUGAUUUGUAACAAAAAGUUUAAUAUUCAUAUCCUGUAAAUUAUUGUUUGAUGUUGAUUGUAAAUUGAUUAUUUAGUGUGAUUGUAGUACAAUUUG